UAGUAACCUGUGCUAGUAACGUCAUGAAUGUCAUUUCUGUCAACACGACGUAACCUAAAAGUCCGAAAAAUGGGGAAAGCCUCGCCCACUGGGGGCGUCAAGCCCAUGUCCAUCGCGGGCCGCUUCGUCAGCGAGCGGGAGCGCCUCUUUGGGAUGACUGACGAAGAGCGACUGUUUCGUAAACAGUGGCUCAAGGAUCAAGAGUUGGGUCACAGUGAGCCCCGAGUCGUGCCCGAGAUGUACAAGGCUACGCAUAACCCAAUUCGGCGGUUUUACCGCUGGCCUUUGAACACUCUGGCCAAUGUUCUUAGACCGGCUUUGGGUGAGGAGCGCACGCUCAAGAUUAGGUACUUUACGGGCAAAAUAGUGAUUGGGAUUGUGGCUGCGUAUGCCACUACGUAUUAUUUUAAGUACCACGCGAACGACUGGACGAGAUAUGGGGGGUGGAGGUUCUUUAGGUCUAGAGAGUCGGUGGUUGAGGGGGAUCCUGGGUAUCCGAGACUUCCUGAUAGGGCGAAGCCCUCUGAUUACGCUACAAGAGGGUUUGAGAAAAACGAACUCAAGUUGUAAAUGUAGUAGUUUGUGUAUUGAAUAAAUUAAUUAGUUGGU